AUGGAACCAAAAGUCAGUGUCAACCGAUCAGGGCAAGAGGGCUACAGUGCUUUUCCAGGCCGACGGCGACUGGAUUGGACGCCAGCCUUUACAACAGUCGCGAUCUUCGGUCUUUUCUUUCUGUUCACUGUAUCGCCCUCCGGUACUGAUGAGCUGGCAAUCAAUAGUCAACCUGAAAAAGCCACCGACAGUGGUGACGCUCCUCAGAAGGACCAGCGUGUUCCCGUCAUUUUCGCCCUCAUCGCCCUGCUUGGCGCCACGGCGACACGAAUCAUCUGCAGCGGCAUACAGAGCGUGCAUUAUAUCGUCCCCCCAGACUCCUUUAUCUCAGACGCGCUCAAUUCAAGAUGCUGCGCAGAAGUCGUGAGCCCCGUCGCGCUGAGCUUCUGCACCGUGUCACUGGUAGAAACGAUGACGAGUUAUAUCGACGGUGCCGAGGCUAUUUGUGGCUCUGAGAAGGAUUUCAACUGGAACAUAGCUACGGGCGACCGGGAUCAUUAUGACAAAGCCGCCGGAAUCUGGCUCAUUCACUUCCUCGUCUGCGCUAUCGCUUCCGGCCUUUUGCUUGGCUGGACCCUGCGUCGCGCGUACUCUGCUACAGUCCGCCCUCUCUUACUCUCUAUUUACUCUUACGGGAAUCUGGCUUUUGGCGAACUGGCGGUGUAUUUUUCGGCAGAGCUUGAAUGA